CACAUAAAUGAUAAAACCCCAAUAUUAAUAACUUCCCACGCCCAAAGGACUAAGUGAGUCAUAAUAACAAUGGCAACAUCUACAUCUACUAGACAAUGGGUCUGCUUAGCCAUCUUAGCCCUCCUGGGCUCAACCCUAGCCAUGGCUCACAUGGUCAAGCCUCCUAAAGUAGCUGACUUGGAUCAUGAGGAAAAGCCACCUAAACCUGCCAGAUUACGUAAGCUCCAGAUGGACGAUAGCAGUGAAGAUGAAAGCUUACGGAUGGAUGAUGGAAAUGGUGCUCAGGCUAGCGGUUGUGACGGCCGCCAGGCUCAGGCGACCACCCCUGGUUGGGAGGAAGGUGGAGGAGGAAUCUAUGGAGGAGGCCAUGGCAGUGGCGGCGCCACCUUCGGGUUUCAUAAGAUCAACCCGUUUCCGGCAUUCCCGUUUGGAGCUUUUGUGCCAGAGGUGUCCUCAUGGGGAGAGGGAGGUGGCUAUGGUGGUGGAUCAAAUGCCAAAUCAGGUACAGGUAGAGGUGUACAAUGUCAUUGUUCAAAUGGAUAUGCGAUGCACUACACCAUGAGCCCCAUCAACUUUCCACCCAUGGCCAUGGAUCCCACCAUGAAAAGGGCCGGUCCUGAAGACAUGGCUCCAACCUCAUCACCCUAAACACCUUUUCUUUUCUAUGAUAUCACUAAUUAUUGUAUUUUCUGUCAAAAACAUCUUUACUCAAUUUAUCAUCUUCCUAUAAAUAAAAAUUAUUAGGUAUGUCGCA